UACCUUCCAAUACAUUUUCUUGUUUUCUUUUUCUUUCUUUUUUCUUCUCUUUUGGCCCAACGCGGACUCCACCAACAAUAUGUCAAACCCAGAUACAUCACAACUGGCUCUAUUUUUAGCUUAUUUCAGAAUCUUCAAUCCUUUUUCAUAGGUUUUUAUACAAACAAUAGCGAGGAAGGAGAAUCGAACAUAAUACUUCGGGUUUGGAUGCAAAAGUAAAUGCUUUUAUUCAUAUUUUUAGUUGAGAGACGUCUUCAUCAAUUCCCUUGUAUAAAUCUUCAACUCCCUCAAACUUCCAAGACCAAAAGUUUCAUCUCAUCUCGUAUACCUCUCUCUCUCUCGGCAACAUGGGCAACUACAUUUCUUGUAGCCUAGCAACCCAAAUAUUGAGCAAGCAUGGGAAAGCAGCAGCCACUAAAGUGAUCGUCCCAAGCGGUGAAAUCAAACAAUUCAAUGUCCCCAUAAAAGCCGCCGAGCUGAUGGUCGACACCCCAAACUUCUUCCUCGUAAACAUCAAGUCUCUCCAUGUGGGAAGAAGAUUUUCGCAUCUCAGUGCCGACGAAGAGUUGGAUAUCGGCAACGUUUACGUCAUGUUCCCCAUGAAGAGGCUCAACUCCACUGUCACAACAGCUGAUAUGGGGCCACUGUUCCUCACCGCCGCAGCUGGGUCAGCAAGCAAGCGAGCUUCCGGGAGAAACGUGAGGGUGCGGCGGGCUGAUCAUCGUCAAUCCAUGAAGUUUGGUAAUGAAGGCGAUGAGUGUAAAAGGAUUAAGAGUUGGGGGAAAAGUUUGGAGCAUGAGGCGGCGGCGCCAAAGCUUAACUUGGAUGACAUCGAAGAUUUCUCGGCGCCGGAGUUUAUGCACAGGUUGUCUAUGAGUAGGUCAAAGAAGCCAUUGCUGGAUACCAUAGCAGAAGAGCCUGCAGUUUCUGUUUCUUCAAGGUGAUCAUUGGUCUCCAGAAAAGAAAAGGUAAUCAUUAGUCUCCAUAAAAAAAUGGUGAUCAUUAGUUAUGGCAUGCACAGUAUAGGGUUGUUUAUGGAAUUUUAGCCAAGGGAGAUUGUAGGAAGUGGUGUGUGUAUUUAUUAUUUACUGCAAACUUAUUAUACUGGUGGAAGUUUUUUACCCUCAAUGUGGGGUUACACCUUUUCACCAUUAGAUAGGUUUGAGUUCUGUAUGUUAAGGAUGUAAUGAUGCAUACAAAUAUAUGGUGAGAUUCAAUACUAACUCGCCUCUUCUUAAUGUACGUC